AUGGCGCACGACGCCGCGAUAGAAAGGGACUUGCGCGAAGUUUUGGAAAAUUUCAGACAGACUUCAGGCUUGAGCCACGACCAGCUACAGUCAUUUCAGAAUGCUUCUUUCGAGAACAUUCAAGGCGCACUGGCUGCUAUUCAGCAGCGUCAAGCGCAAACAAAGCGCCUGGUGUAUAUGAAACGCCUCCAACCAUUUUUCGCAAGCAUGGCGGAUUAUGGUAAGGUCAUUGAAGUGUUCGUCAGGGCGUCAGAAAUGUUGGCAUUUAUUUGGAUCACUUCAACGUUCUCUGAAGCAUUCACGUCGCUCUUGGAAACGUAUGAAUACCUUGGCGAGCAGCUUCCUUUGCUUUCUCACUACCAAGAGCUCUUCUCGAAUCAAAAACACAUGCGGGAUAUGCUGGUUCUGAUAUUCAAAGACAUACUGGUGUUUCACGCAGAGGGUUUGAAAUAUUUCACCCAGAAAGUCUGGAAACAACUUUUUCAAGCAACCUGGAAAGGCUUCAACAUAAAAAUGCAAACACUCAAGGACAAUUUCAAGCGCCAUCGACAAUUGCUUGAACAGAGAGCAAGCCUCAUUGAGUUUGAGCAGAUAAUGUGUCUAAGGAGACACGCCGAGGCUGAAAGUCAGGAGCGCCAAAGACAAACUUGUUCCAAUCGACGUGAGUCUGUCCUUCGAUGGCUUGCAUCGGCCAACUGUGAGGCUAUAUAUGAAAGCCUGGUCUCAGCGCGUUCCUCAAACCCAAAAUCAGGAGACUGGCUCCUUAAGGAUCAUCGUUUCCAGAAGUGGUUUGAUCCCUUGUAUUGCUCGACUCCGCUGCUAUGGCUAAAUGGUCUGCCAGGCGCAGGUAAAUCCGUUUUAGCUUCAGUUGUGGUGCAGAAUGCCCGCAAGAUCCCCGACGUAUCGACAAUAUUCUUCCACUGCGCCGAGAAUGAUCCUGCCAGAAACAAUUUUGUGUCAGUAGCUAGAGGGCUGUUGGCGCAAUUAGUUGCCCAAGACGAAGCCUUAUUAGCUCUGGUUGAUGAUGAAAAGUCAACAAGGAGCGGAGACGUCAUUUUGUCUAGCGCAGUUGCUGCGAAGCGACUCCUUCAGGUGGCGCUGAAAAGAAAAAAAACAUACAUUAUACUGGACGGACUUGACGAGUGUACGAGUAGGGAACAACGAAAAGAGAUCUGUACCUGGUUCUGUGACAUCGUUGACUCUCUUCCCCGAACCCAAAUGGAUGAAAUACGUUGCUUGUUCAUAAGCCAAGACGACACGUGUGGACGUAAAGAUCUGGGGAUGCUACCGACCAUCAAGAUCACCUUUGAAAACAACAGACACGACAUUCUGAUGUUCGCAGAAACUUGGCAGGCGGAUAUCGAAGCACACUUUGGCAGAUUCAGUGCAGAAGAAGUUGAAAUUGCCAAAGUUGUAACAACGAGAUCACGAGGGAUGUUCAUUUUUGCAAAGUGUGCCCUGAAAGAAAUGUCCCUACAACCUUCCCGCGAUGUUCUUUUGCAGGAAUGGAAGAACGAAAUAUUCCCAGAUGCACUCGAUGGGGUGUACGACAAAAUUAUUUCUCGCAUCUUGCUCAAUGGCAGUCAGAGCAGACGCAAGAUGGUUCAAAGAUUGCUAGCUUGGGUCUGUUGCGCCCAAAGACCUAUCUUCUGGCAUGAAAUCCAAGGCAUGAUCUCCCUGGACUUGGAGAACGAGCGUCUAAACGAGGAAAGCAAGCGUAUAGUCGGAGAUAUCAAAGAUUUCUGUUCAUCUUUGGUUGAGAUUGAUUCUGUAGGCUCUUUGAACAUGAUGCAUAAAACACUGAAACAGUAUCUCUGCGCAAAAGCUAUCAUUACACCAUCAGAAGUCCACAGAGAACUUGCAGAAAUCAGCAUUUCUUACCUCUGCUUUCCUCAAAUAAGUCAAAAUCUUCCCGAGGCACAAUUGGAGAAAGAAGUCUUGACGGGCACGUAUGCCUUUUACGACUACGCUACAUCCCAGUGGACAGCACAUCUACUAGAUUGGCUACCCCAUUCUAAGUCUGCGGAGAUAAUUGAGACCAACGAGUGUCUUGACAACUUGCUAGACUUACACUUUACGGAACCGACUCAAGUUCAGGUGGUUUCGAAGACCAUGGAAGGGCAGCUCACUCCGUUGAAGGAUCUGGAUUGUUACAAUUCAUUGGCGCAAUUAAUAAUCUGGAAUAGAAAACGACAGCUUGGACAUAACUCUAAGAAAAACGAAGAGCUCUCCGACUUUCCGAAAAUCACUGCUCUUAUCCGAUCAGCCGUGGAACGUUUGUUCGAGGCAAACACGACAGAUAUUUCCAGAGCGGAAAUCCACAAGUACUAUGGGCAGGCUGUUUUCAAAUGUCCUCACACACAUUGUCAUUAUUUUGUGAGAGGCUUCCAAAAUCGUGCAGACAGGGAUGAGCACAUCGAACGUCAUGUCCGGGCUUACAUAUGUCCUAUCGAUGGUUGUCCAAUGGCAACCAUUGGAUGUGUCUCUCAAAAGGAGCUCGACAAACAUUUGCGUGAGAACCAUAAUGUUGGCGAUGACGGAGACACGUUCCCAGACCUUUCCGAGGAGUCACAGCGGAGGUCAAGAGCCAAGAACCCCUCCAAUCACCAGUGCACGUUGUGCUCCAAGAGCUAUACUAGGGCGCAUGCUCUUCGCUCUCAUCUCCGAACACAUUCCAACGAACGGCCAUUUAUCUGUACAAUUUGUGAAAAAGCUUUUGCCAGGGAAAAUGAUAGAAAACGUCACGAGAAGUUGCAUUGGAGUAUGAAAGAAUUCAUCAACGAAGACGCCUUCAAGUAA